UCCAAAGUCCAAGCCCGGAGGCCGGAGGAGAAGCAGCAGAGCGCGCCGCGAUCCCCCGAUUCCUCCAUCUCGCCGUCCCUACCCGUGGCCGCAGAUUAGGGGUCCGGUGUUAUUCCCAUGUCCUCAGCUGGGAUGGCCAUUGCAUUCAAAGCAAGCACGAGUGCUUGUACCGCACAGCAACUGCGGGGGCACUCAACCAGGGAUCACUGUCAGUAUGGUUUCACUCACUUAAAUGAACCAAGGAGCAGGAAAGGCUCCGCAGCACUGCAUGUGAGAGCUACUUCUGGGAAGUUAGACUUGGACUUCAGUGACCCUUCUUGGAGGCAAAAGUAUCAGGAAGACUGGGAUAGCCGUUUUAACUUGCCACACAUAACAGAUAUAUUUGAUUUGAAGCCAAGGCUAACUACAUUUUCGCUCAAGAAAAACAGAACUCCCCUGGGCGAUACCGACAGUUCAUCACCUGACAUGUGGAAUGGCUAUGUAAAUAAGGAUGACCGGGCACUUCUGAAGGUGAUCAAGUAUGCCUCUCCUACUUCUGCUGGAGCUGAGUGCAUUGAUCCUGAUUGUAGCUGGAUGGAACAUUGGGUGCAUCGUGCAGGGCCUCGUAAGGAAAUAUACUAUGAACCUGAGGAAGUAAAAGCAGCCAUUGUUACUUGUGGAGGGCUCUGCCCUGGUUUGAACGAUGUCAUUAGGCAGAUAGUAUUUACCCUGGAGAUCUAUGGGGUUAAGAAUAUUGUCGGAAUUCAGUUUGGUUAUCGCGGAUUCUUUGAAAAAGGCUUAAAAGAAAUGCCGCUUUCACGUGAUUUGGUGGAAAACAUAAAUCUUUCUGGAGGAAGUUUCCUAGGUGUCUCUCGUGGAGGAGCUAAAACUAGUGAGAUUGUAGAUAGUAUACAGGCCAGAAGAAUUGAUAUGCUCUUUGUAAUUGGUGGAAAUGGUAGCCAUGCAGGAGCUAAUGCUAUCCAUGAGGAGUGUCGUAAGAGAAAACUGAAAGUUUCAGUUGUAGCUGUUCCAAAAACAAUUGAUAAUGAUAUACUUUUCAUGGACAAGACUUUUGGUUUUGAUACAGCUGUUGAAGAAGCUCAACGUGCAAUCAAUUCUGCCUAUAUAGAGGCACGCAGUGCAUAUCAUGGAAUUGGGUUGGUCAAAUUAAUGGGAAGAAGCACUGGGUUCAUAGCCAUGCAUGCUUCUCUUUCUAGUGGACAGAUUGAUGUCUGCUUAAUACCUGAGGUAUCUUUUACACUUGAUGGAGAACGUGGUGUUUUGGCACACCUUGAGCACUUACUGAAAACCAAGGGAUUUUGUGUAGUUUGUGUUGCUGAAGGUGCUGGACAGGAUUUGUUGCAAAAAUCUAAUGCGACAGAUGCAUCAGGAAAUGUGAUACUUAGUGACUUUGGUGUUCACAUGCAACAAAAGAUUAAGAAGCAUUUCAAGGACAUUGGUGUUCCAGCUGAUAUUAAGUACAUUGAUCCAACAUAUAUGGUCCGUGCCUGUCGUGCAAAUGCAUCUGAUGCUAUCUUGUGCACUGUGCUUGGACAAAAUGCUGUCCAUGGAGCAUUCGCCGGGUUCAGUGGCAUCACCUCAGGUAUUUGCAACACACAUUACGCUUUCCUCCCGAUCACGGAAGUCAUUACAGCACCGAAGCAUGUGAACCCAAAUAGCAGGAUGUGGCACCGCUGUCUCACGUCUACCGGCCAACCAGACUUCCACUGA